AUGUCCUUCGAUACGACGCGUAAAAACUCUAUGGCCAGCCUCUGCCAUACCAUCCGACAGAACCAACGCGACAAUUCUGGCAACGGAAGCUUCGAUAGCUUUGACGAUCUCCUUCGCCAGCACGCGAUGGAACUGGGGGAGGACGAGCCCUCGUCGUCAGGUAUCGUCUCAUCGACUGCUCUGUCAAAACGUACCCAGAACAAUACCAGCACUCGAGCUGCACAGAUCAGUUACUCGAAAGACCCUCUCUUGGCCGGAAGCCCUAUUGAUUUUUCUUCUGGGAGUUCCUCAUCCAGCGAUGCAGAUGCAGACGGAGAGACUGACGAGGAGUUGUACGCUCAAUCCGACGACUCGAGUUCGGAUUCCAGUGAAUCGGACUCUGAUGUCGAUUUCAUGAUCCUUGACUGUAAUCCUUCUCCGAGAGAAUACUCAGCUAAGCCACAAUUGCCUGUAGACGUAUCGGUUGAACCGGAAGAUGCGCCCUUUAUUCCACAGCCUACACAACCGGUUCAUGAACACGACAGCGUGGCUGUCUUCGCUUCCGAUUAUCCCGCUGCUUCCUCUCCUCGACUUGCUCCUUCAGAUCCACUUCAAUUUACCUCACCAUUCCACUCUCCUACUUUACCUCAUCGAGCAUUCACCCCUGGUCCCUUCACAGUACUUGCGACGGAAAUUUACGAUAAAGCUGCCGUUGAUCCUACGCCUCCUAUGAACCUAUCUGCGACAUCAAUGAUCAAUCCACUACAACCUGUGUCCAAACGAAAACGUGUUCCUACCUCCUCUAAGCGCACAUCCAAAGCCCGUGCUACGACAAUUUCUGAUGACGACGACGAAUACAGGAAUAACGCCUCAGACGAUGACGACGAAUAUGCACCAUCUCCCCCACUUGCUCCCAAGAGUCGUAGACGAAGACGUACAGUAGCGGUCUCUCGUCAUCGUAUUUCUAGGAGAAAACAAGGCGUCAGUCCUUCCUCCACAUCUUCUCGACCUACAUCUUCCCGUUCCACACCCAAACGUCGACGCAUUGCUCCUGAGUCUCGAAAUGAGCAAUCCGACUCUCCUGUUCUCCUCGACGCCAUUGCCAAUACUUCUGUCGAAAUUUGUGACUUCAUCUGCCCUGUUUGCGGAUGGGAACAGUCGAACAAACGCAUGCCUGAUUACCAGCGCCAUUUGAAGACACACUUACGCCCAGAUAGAGAGGACAAGACAAAAGGCUGGUGGUGUAAAGGUGUUCGGCUCGAGGAUAAAGAUGAGUUUAAUGUAAAGUGUGAAGUGAACGGUUCGAGGAAGGUCCGUGAUGAUGCAGAUCCAUAUUGGUUUCAUGACCACAUGAGAGUCGGGGGCUGCUGCCAGACGUUUAGUCGGAGAGACGCGUUAAAAAGGCAUAUGGCGAAUCCGAAUGUUCGGUGCGGUGGAAUUAUUGCGGAAGGGUUGAAGGAAGGCGAUGAUUGA